AUGACAAAGAGCUUGAGUUUCUUGGGAUGUGAGCUCUGUGCACCAGGCGGGAAUGGACAUCCUUUGGCAUUGCUCCACUAUCACCCGUCAUUAGACGAGUCCCUGACAAAACUCAUUGACCAUCACACUAUGUGCGGUGCAACGGAAGGCGCUGAUGGCCUGGAAAAUUAUGUGAGGAGGGACACUUUACAAGUUGUCAAGUGCGCGAUUGCUGUUGUGCGGAGACGGCGAAGCGUCAAGGCCAUUGAGAUGCUGGAUCAAGUGCAGUUCUUGACCGAGUAUAUGGACUUUUUGCAGGAUGGACAGACCAUACAUACGCGAGUCACAACGUCAGGCUGGAGAGAUAUGCUCAAAGAAGCGGCACGUUCAUAUACCACUUGA